AUGACGGCAAUCGUCUUCCACCAAGCACUCGGUGCGGUGCGGCAUGUGCAGAGGGAUGCCGCCGCCGAGGCCUCAGUCAUCGACCAUUCCCGAGAUGGCGAGAGCCGUAUCCCAGAAAUCCUCGCCAUACUCAUCAUCGGCACCGUCUUGUCGACAUUAGCCGUGGCACUGAGAGCGUUUACGAGGAUCAAGAUGCUUCACACCUUUGGCCUCGAUGAUGUCCUCAUGGUGGGGGCACAAGUUCUCGUAAUUGGGACCGCAGUGGCCAUCGGACUCGAAUCCUCGUGGGGGCUUGGCAAGCAUUCCUGGGUCCAGCCAAAGGAGGACUACAUUCCCUACAUGAAGUCAUUCUAUGUCUCAAUUAUCCUGUACAACAUCGCGACGACCGUCGUCAAGAUCUCCAUCCUCUUACAAUACCGCCGGAUAUUCGCCAACAACCUGAUGCAGACGAUGACGACGUGGGGUCUGGCUUUCAUGACCGCCUGGACAGUCAUGCUCUGCUUCCUGCUUCCGAUGAUGUGCCUGCCCGUGGCGGCCUUCUGGGAUACGACCCUCAACGGACGCUGCAUCGACCUCCUCGCCAGCUGGUACGUGAUGGCGGCAGUCAACCUCUUGGCCGACUUUGUCAUCUUUAGCUUGCCGAUCCCCGUCAUCAACUCGCUUCAGAUUCCUCGACGCCAAAAACGGAUGCUCAUCUUUGUCUUUGGUCUCGGAUUCCUCACCUGCAUCAUCUCCGCCUUUCGCAUCAAAACCCUUCGCGUCGCAGCUCAGACCCAAGAUCCGUUCUGGGACAACGUCGACGCCGCCACCUGGUCGUUCCUCGAGGUCACCAUCGGCAUCCUGGCAGCAUGCCUGCCGACCCUCCGGCCCAUAUUCGUCGCCCUCCUGCCCCGUCUCUUCAACGGGUCGUCGUUACAUAGCAGGUCCAAAGGUCAAACCACGAGCGAGCCCAGCAGGCUGCAGGGGAGGCACGAGCUGGGGCGCCAUCUGCCGUUGAGCAGCACGGAAAGACUGAACUACCAAGCCCAAAACGAUAUCGAAAUGUCUGGACCCGAGCCGGAUAGGGCACCCGAGUACACCGUCAGCGUCAGCUCGGGGUCACCAAUGGUCUCGGAAAAGAUGUCCCGGGCAAAAAGUCCCGGUGGCGUGAGGGAUGAAAAGGCAAACGUCAUGGGGCAAAUCAGGACCACCACCGUCGUCACACAGCAGGUCACUUUCGACAAUGCAAAACGCAGCCCGACGCAAUUGUAG